AUGACCGAUGGAAAAUUCUCUCAAGUACGAAAAAAAUUUGGUAUAAAUCUUUCAAAUCAAUAUGCACCAAGUUCAACCGCAACGAUGACGGCACUUAUUUAUCAAAGAAUUGAAGAAUUUUUCAAACAAGAUACAGUAUCUCGUAUAUCUCCUGAUAAAUCAAAACAUAAACAUGGUCAUCAAAUAAGGUUGAGAUUAAAUAAUCUUUCUAAUUUACAUCAACGAUUCGAAGCUGAAACUAGUAUUGACAUUGAUUAUACAACAUUUACACGACAUGUACCUGAUUAUAUAAUGAAACCAAAUCAUGAUUCCUGGGGUACAUAUCUUCGUAUGACCUGUUUGAAUCCAGAAUUAAAGACAGAUAAAUUACGUGAUAUGAAACAUAAACAUCCAUCAAUUCAAAAUAUAAUAAGUUUAAUAUCUCCCGAUUUAGAAGAAUUGGUUAAAGAUGCUACAAGAUUAAAUAAAUUCAAGCUUGAAUUAUCCAAAUUAAAACAUGACUCGUUUACACUUCUCAGUGGGACUAAUACAAACUUCGACUACUUUUAA